UUGUUUAGUUAUCUAGGGAAAAAAAACGACUGCCAGCAGUCUAAUAAUCUUAGCUUUGCGUUUAACAAAAUCAAAGGGUAUUUCCAAUUAAACCUGAAGAGUUUUGUUGAUGUUGUUACCUUCAAUUGUUCGAUUGAAAAUAAAGCCAAUUAUGAUAACAAAUACUUCUGAAUUUUUUCACAAAUGAAAAAAGAAAACAACAUAACGAAAUCUUGAUCCUAUUUUGUGGAUAGGGAAAAGUAAUGCUCUAGUUGUUUCAGACUGCAGAAACAGUAGAGUCAAAUUGCCGUUACUGUUCAAAAUUUCUGCCGAGACUGCACAGCCGGCAGGAAGUCCGUAGUUUAGUCUGGACUUCUUUGAUCACGGUUCUAGCCAGAGCUCCCGAUUUGUGGCGUCUGACCACAAGGAUCGCAGCUUUAAGGCUAGGACGAGAAUACAACAGAACUUUUUUUUUACAGAGUGUCCAACUAUGGCAUUCCUGAAUGAGACAUCAGGAGUCAUCACAAGUCCUUUUUACCCAAGAGAUUACCCAAACGCUGUGACAUGCCGCUGGAAAAUAACUGCAAGCAGGGGAAAACGUAUCAAGCUGGUAAUUACAGAUAUGUACCUAGAAUGGGGUGGAAAUCACUGUCCCUACGAUUACCUGAGAAUCCAGAAUGGUUUUUUAUAUGACAGUGGUGUGCCCUGUGAACCUAUGUGUGGUCGUCUAACUGGAAACUUAACUUUUUAUUCAUUCCGUGAGACCCUAACAGUCCUUUUUGUUACCGAUGGUAGUGUAACGUACCGUGGAUUCAACGCAACUUUCAUUCAGUUGCAUUUUGCUGGCAUACCUUACAGUAAGUGAAAGUCCUUUUGCUAAAAAAUUCAAUUCUGAGAAAGCGUAUUGUAGUUCUACCCUGGUCCCAAAGUUUUUUCUAGAAAUUUCUCUUCGCGAAAGAGAGAGCGAUCCGCGAAGCGGCGACAACGCGACUCGCUCUCUCUUUCGCGAGGAAAAUUUCAAGAAAAGCCUCUGUGGCUAGGGUAAGUAAAUUCUUGUAGAUAUUGUUCUUCUUUAAGAAGAUAAUCCCGACUAAAUAAUCCUUUGCCAUCUCAAAGUGAUUGCAGAUUGGAUAGUCUACUUGUUCAGCGCUUGCUGUUUAUGAAUUUACGCCAAUCGGAGACAGAAGAAAAACGUAAUUUGCAAGUUUGUGCGAGACCGCGGGAUUGGUAAUCAUUUUCAAUUCAAUAGCGGCAAAAAUGCAGUUGAAACAAAGAAAGGGCUUGACAUAAUUCCCCUCCAAAUAUUACAGUUCCUUUUGCCUCCAAAAUAUGAAUGCGUUCUUAGUCAAACGUGUCAGUGAGUAGUCAUAGAGGGUCAGAAUUAAGCCCCGUUGGUGGGUAGUUAAGGAUAGUUUAGGGACAGUCGCUUUAGAGAUAGUCAAUGACGUCACCCAUUGUUAUAGCCUAGAGAAAAAGUGCGUUCCUCCAUACUAAUUAAGUGCCUAGUCAGUGUCAGUGUCUAAACAGCUAGGUAAAAAUAAGUUCCUCCAUACUAAUUAAGAGCCUUCCUCCAUAUAUAAUUAAGUGGAUAGUCGUUUCUUUUCAUAUGGAAGAACACAAUAGGCACAGAAGGGUUGCCUAGACUUACCCGGGCUCUUUUAAUCCUGACUGACUCAUGUAGAAUCUAUUAUGUCUUCAAAAUAUAAGCGGGCAGUUUUUGGAAGCGCUAUCGUUCUUGCAAUCGCUUUGGUAAGGAAAAGAAAAGUCUUACUAUCACCAAUAUUCUUUAAAACAUCGCUCCAAACAUGCAAGUCGAAUCGAGCGCUAAACCUCUGUUGACGAUUGACGGAGGGGAAAAAGUCCAGCGACAAAGGAUUUCCGCUUUUAAAGAUUCCCCAUUUUAAAGAUUCCCCGUUUUAAAGAUUCCCGCUUUUAAAGAUUCCCUAUUUUAAAGAUUCCCCGUUCCCCGUUCCCCGUUCCCCGUUCCCCGUUCCCCUUUCCCCGUUCCCCGAUUCCCCGUUCCCCGAUUCUCCGAUUCCCCGAUUCCCCAUUCCCCAUUCCCCGUUCCCCGUUCUCCGAUUCCCCGAUUCCCCGAUUCCCCAAUUCCCCGUUCCCUGUUUUAAAGAUAGCCAUUUAUGUCCCAAGCACGAAGCGCGUGGGCCAUAAGUCGAUGGAAAAAAACGAGAAUCCGUAAUUUACAGUACGGACCGAAAAAACGAGGCUAGUAAGAUGUUUAUUAUGUGGCUUCUUCCUGUUUGGGGGACCGGAAACAAGUGCAGGACGCACGAUUUGACAGUCAUUUGACAGGUGUCAAAAAAGAAAGUUUUUAUUGGCACACGAAAACAAUGGUACAUAACAAAGGCUUUCCGAGAAAGUAAAAACAAAUUCGCCAUGUUGAAAAAGUUUAUUCGGUCAAAACUAAGAGCACUGUAAGUUUUAGCUCUUAAAUGUAACGCUGAAGUAUUUUGGAAACCGGACACUGUCUGUCUAGAAGUCGUUUCGAUCUUUCCUCUGUUUGUCCUUCUGAAAAAAAAACUGUAAAAGGCAAAGAAGCUUUUCAAGGUAAGUUUGUUGUCAUUGUCGAAGGAUUCGCUCGUUAAUUUUUGUUAUGACAACCUCUCUUUCUGCCAGUUCAUUCUCGUCUUCAAUUGUGAUCUGUGUUAAAACUGUCAAACACUGACUAGUAUUCUCUUCCUCGGUAAGGUUACGAUUCAGUUUCUACACCAGCUUCGUUCUAAUUAAAACAAAGCUAGGUUAAAAUUUGGAAAGGCAAAGUCAACAUCCCAGUCCUCAGGAUUUACAGACAUAUUAUAAAGUUUAUUCGGCAAAACUAAGAGCACUGUAAGUAUUCACUCGUUAAUGUGACGCUAGAGCCUUUUGACAAAUGGACAUAAGUGUCUGGCUCGAACUCGCGUCUAUCUUUCUUUCGUUGGUCUUUGAAAAAACACUGCAAAUGGCAAAGAAGCUUGUCAAGAUGAUCGGGUGCAGGUAUGUUUGUUAUCAUAUUUGUCGAGGAAUUACUUUUUUCUCUUAGGCAAAACAUCUCGAAUCUCUGCCAGUCGAUUUUCUUCUUCUUAACUGUGUACUACGAUAAAAUUUUCAAACACUGACUAGAAUCCUCUUCGAUAAGUUUACGAGUUAGUUUCUUCAUCGCCGUCGUUCACAAAUAAACAUAGUUUAAAAUGUUGAAGGCUAAAGUCAACAUCCAAGUCCUAAAGGUUGACAGGCGUCUUAUAAGUCUAUUUAAACCUUUUUUGCGAGGUAAAGAGAUUUAGAGCUCCGAAAUGAGCAUUUUCUUUAAAAAUUUUGGUCCGAAUAGCAAGUUACGGACGGCAAAUUGACCAAUCGCAUGGCGAAAACAGACUCAGCCAUAUAAUAAAUAUAUGUUAUUCACCGGUUGGGAGGUCUGUAUUGUGAGAAACUGUGCCCGAGGGCUUGAGUACCGCCCGAGGCCGGUACUCAGACCGAGGGCACAGUUUCUCCCAAUACUGACCGACCUAGGCCGGUGAAUAACAUUUUUAUUACCAAUGCUAGGGUUUUGAAGUGAACUUGAAUAAAAGAAGGUGAUGUGGGCAACUAAACAAGUAUAUAAACAAAGAAAUAAAAACGGCGAUAACCGACUGCUGGAAAAGUUGUUUGUGUUGUUUAUUCGAGAUUGAAAGCUACAUGCAAUCGUUGACAACAACCUUUUCUGAAAAGUAGAAAACUAAAGCGAGGCAAAAUUCAAUGAAAAACGGCAGAAUCUAGAUUUAGACAGCGAAAAUGGAAAACAAACCCACAAACAGAGGUAACACCUGCAAGUAAGUAUCCUGUGAAGAUUAAAGUAUAAAGUUGUACCGAAGCAAAUUUCUGAUUUUACUCCAAUUUAGAGCUCGCUUAAAACCUUAUUGAUGAUAUUUUUGGUUUCUUCCAGCAGGGGCACCGAGCACCAAUGACUCAGAAAUAACACCCACA